AUGAUACCAGUCCGAGCUCUUGCAGCUCCCACUAGGCAAUGCCUGCGGACAGCAGCAUACCAGCAGCCACGAUGGGCCAUUCCAACACUCCAGACCCGAUCAUACGCAACACCAGCCCCAGAUAAAGUCGCCAAAUUCAAAGGCACCAAAGGCUCAGACGGCAACUACACCGUCAGUCUGAUAGAAGGCGACGGCAUCGGCCCCGAGAUCGCGCAGUCAGUCAAGGACAUCUACUCUGCCGCCAAGGUCCCCAUCAAGUGGGAGCCCGUCGAUGUCACGCCCCGACUGAAGGACGGCCGAACCGUCAUCCCGGAUGAAGCGAUCGAAUCCAUACAGAAGAACUACGUCGCACUGAAAGGUCCCCUCGCGACGCCCAUCGGUAAGGGCCACGUCUCUCUCAACCUGACCCUGCGCCGGACAUUCAACCUCUUCGCCAACGUGCGUCCGUGCAAGAGCAUAGCUGGCUACAAGACUCCCUACGACAACGUCGAUACCGUCCUGAUCAGAGAGAAUACCGAGGGCGAGUACUCCGGAAUCGAGCACGUCGUAGUCGACGGCGUCGUCCAGUCCAUAAAGCUCAUCACACGAGAAGCCUCUGAGCGCGUCCUCCGCUAUGCCUUCCAAUACGCCAAAGACAUCAACAAAAAGAAGGUCCGAGUCGUGCACAAGGCUACCAUCAUGAAGAUGUCUGAUGGUCUCUUCCUGAGCACUGCUCGCGACGUGGCCAAGGACUUCCCGGAUAUCGAGUUCGACGCAGAACUUCUGGACAAUGCUUGUUUGAAAAUCACCACCGAUCCAGGGCCAUACCAGGACAAGGUCCUCGUCAUGCCUAACCUCUACGGCGAUAUCCUCUCCGACAUGUGCGCCGGCCUCAUCGGCGGCCUCGGCCUCACCCCCUCCGGCAAUAUCGGCGACGAAUGCUCCAUCUUCGAGGCCGUACACGGCUCCGCGCCCGAUAUCGCGGGCAAAGGGCUUGCCAACCCCACCGCGCUGUUACUGAGCUCGAUGAUGAUGCUGAGACAUAUGGGCUUGACGGGCGAAGCAGACAAGAUCGAGGGCGCAAUCUUCAAGACAUUAGCCCAAGGCAAGGCUCUGACAGGAGAUUUGGGCGGGAAGGCCAAGACGAGUGAGUAUGCGAGUGCUAUCAUUGGUAACUUGUGA